AUGAGUCCGAAUGGCGAUACCUAUGCAGACAAAAACUCCUUCGUGCGCUUCAGCGAUCCGAACCUCGACCCUUCUCGCUCGCAAACCAGACUCGUGAUAGCCAACGUCCACCUCGCACACUCCGACCCGGAAGAAGAGAAGAAGCUAUGGGAUGUGGUCAUAGAGAAAGGUUUCAUUCAGAGCGUCCAGCCAGCGGCGCCACAUUUCACUAGAAGACCUUCACUUCUGAGUUGGAUUUCUCGCUCGCCCCCGAGCCAGUUCGUUAUCGACGCGAACGGGGAGGGCUUGCUUCUGCCAUCUCUGUGUCACGCACAUAUACAUCUUGAUAAAUGCUUUCUGCUGGAUCAAUGCGGCUCACUCGAGACGGGAACUUUCAAUGAAGCUAUGAGAGUUACCUCCGAGGCGAAGGCCAGCUUUGCCGUCAACUCACAAGACCUGUACGACCGUGGAAAGCGUCUUAUAGGGGAUAGCCUCGCUGCAGGUGUUACCACCAUCCGUGCGCACGUUGAAGUCGACACUACCGUACGCUUCGCCUGCCUCGAUGCCGCGACCCGGCUUAAGACAGAGUUUGCUCGGCUUUGCGACAUCCAAAUCUGUGCCUUUGCGCAAGACCCUCUUUUUUCAGCCGACGGAAACGUCGAGGAACUGAGCGACAACGCAAAGUUACUGGAAGAGGCAGCACGUCGAAGCUCAGUAUCCGUGAUAGGCUCAGCGCCCUACGUCGAGCCCACGCGCCGAGGAUCACUCGCGAAUAUCGACUUUAUCCUAGAUCUCGCGCGCCAAGGCAACGCGGAGAAGAAGCUACUCGUCGACUUCCAUCUCGAUUACAACCUCUCAGAGGAGACUGCCCCGAUGGUUUACGACGUCAUCGCUGCUAUGAGAGCCGUGCAGUGGACCACAGAAAGCCCUCGCGUAACACUCGGCCACUGCACGCGAUGGUCGCUCUUCUCUCCUGACGAAUGGGCGCGCCUGAAGGCAGCAAUCGGUGAACUACCAAUCUCGCUCGUCGCUCUCCCACAGAGCGAUGUGUACAUGAUGCGCACGUCUGAGCGUCGGCGUGGGACUGUAGAUGCGCACGUUGCGGCGGGUGCGGGAGUAGAUGUCGCGCUCGCCGUAAACAACGUAGGAAACGCUUUCACGCCACAGGGCAGCGCUGACCCACUGGGACUUGUGCCUCUUGGCGUGGCCCUGUAUCAGGAUGCGACAUCACCGGCCCUUCGCAGACUCCUGAGAUGCGUGUCGACGGCCGCGCGCGGCGCAAUUGCCUUCUCGCAGCCACCGCAUCAAGGGCUUCUGCCGCAUGCCGGCGGGGAAGACGACCUGCUUGUUCGCGAAGGCGACGCCGCAGAUUUAGUUCUGCUUCCUCGGCGCUCGUCCGUCCGUGCAGCAGCGCUCGACCCGUGUUUCUCGCGCAUCACCAUUCGCUCCGGCAAUAUCGUCGCACGGCGGGAUACAAGUGUAGUGUUCACGGACGAUACGCACUUCCGUCAAUCUCCGAACCUAUCAUGGUGUUUGUGGGUGGGUGCUGGAAUACUGAUUGGCGUGGGCAUCUUUCAGUGUCGGCGAUGA